CCAAGUCUCCGAGCUGCCAGCGCUGAUGUCGCUGCUGCUAGAGGCUUUAACGUGCUCCGAUCAGGGCGUGCAGCUGGCCACUCUGUCCAGCCUGGAGCCUGCCCUCCUGGACCCCCCACCAGUUUUCAUCCAGCAGCUGGAAGCUUUGGUCAGCAGAUUACUAACCCUCGUCUCUAGUCCGGCCAUGAAAAUACGGAUCACCUCAAUACGCUGCAUCCACGCUCUGUCACAGUUUCCUGUACAUGAGGUUUUGCCGUUUCGAGCGCGGGUGCUGCGAGCAUUGGCUCAGCCACUGGAUGACAGGAAGAGGAUGGUGAGGAAGGAAGCAGUUCAGGCCCGAGGAAAGUGGUUCCUCCUAGGAAGUCCUGUGGGGAGGUGAUCCUGAGGUUUUUUUAGAUCAACUAAACUAAGAUGAAACUGAAACUUCAGGACCAAGAAGCAAAGCUGUGUAAUCUCUUGCACAGCUUCCUCUCUUUGCAUAAACUCUCCUGGAUCUCUCGUCAUCCUUCUUGUCUUUUAUAUCUAAUUUCUCCACAUUUUUAUUUUUAUUUUUGGAAGCUUGGGAUGAUAAAAGAUUUUUCUAAUUAUCUCAGCUAAAUAAAU